CAUCUUAUUUUAUUUUAUCUCUUUUUUUAUCCCUUUUUCUGCCAGAGCGACCCCGUCUUCCAUCUGACAGCAUCCGGCCCUCGAUUGGACAAGUUGACCGCGGCCACAGCGCGCCGGGUCGUCCUCUUUCAUCGACAAGCAUCUUCACCUCGAUCUGACUCGGCCCGGCACAGGAACAGCGCUCGAAAGUCGCUAGCAGUCUUGUUGCCUCUCACGACUGGUUGGCCUUCGCCCCCACCUGCCGCAGGUCUGAUUUAGGCGCAUCCAUCCAGCCAUCCAUCAAUUUUUGUCCGCAGACACCGAGCGAGGGACACGUCAUAGAAGCGGCAGAGAAGAAAGGACCCGACUGACGAUACUCUAAAGGAUCAGACAAGUAGAAGGGAGGAAGGGCGCAAGAAGAAAAUUAGAAGCAGCUCGACAUUGGCGUACUCAGAGACCAGGCCGAUGUCUUCUAAGAUGUACGCCAAUCCACGCUCGUUGGUUCCCGCAGGCGCCGGCUCGGGAGGUGCACCGGCUGGAUCGAGUGGUGGGCCUGGCGGUGGUGCUGGCGGUGCUGGCGGUGCUGGUGUGGCAGGUGGGCCAUCGCAGCCCCCACCGGUUCCUGGACCCAACCCACCUGGCUCAGGCGCUGGUGGAGCCGCGCCAGGCCCCGGCGGUGCUCCUGGAGGUGCUGGUCCGGCCGCUGCUGCCAGGCUGGCGGAUCUGCUCGACUUUGUCAGGCACGAAUUCGACCUUGUCGGCAACGACGCAGCAACGCUCAAAGCUCAGCGCGAUGAGUUUGAACAUCGGAUCGGCCAACAAGUGAGCGAGGUGCAGAUGAUGCAGCAGCACAUCAUGGAUCUCGAGGCACGGCAUACCAACAUGACCCAGCAAUACGAGGAUGAGAUCAAGCGUCUGCGGAACAUCGUCGACUCCAGGCCACAAGAGGGAAACGGCAACGGGUCAAACUUCCCGGGCCCUCCGCAUCUGCCGACCUCGGGAGGCGGUGGUCCGCCGCCGAUCGCCUCCAAGCCCAGUUCUUCGGGAGGUGGAGCAAGCGGUGGGUUUGGAGGGCCCUCUGACCCAUACCGCAAUGGCUAUGACCGUGAGCGACCAAAUGGCGAGGGCGCCUCAGUGAAGCGGUUGCGCAUGGAUGAUCGCGAGAGGGACAGGUACGGGCCUCCAAGCCCAGCGGCCGAUCGCGACAGGGAUGGUAGACCGGCGAAGAGGGAGGACAGAGACAGAAUGGGAGGCUCUUCGGCCCCUAGUCCAUACCCUUCACAUGCGCAACCAAGCGGCGCUUAUGGCCGCGAUCACGAACCCUCCGCUGCAGCUGGCAACACCAGCCUGGCAGACCUGAGCGAGCUGGACCCCGACGAGGUGCCCAAGGAGCUGAAGAAGGAAGGUAGCGACUGGCUUGCCAUCUUCAAUCCAAAGGUCAAGCGCGUCCUCGACGUCAAUCUCGUUCACACGCUCAUGCACGAGAGUGUCGUCUGCUGCGUCCGUUUCUCACCGGAUGGGAAGUCGCUGGCGACGGGAUGCAACAAGAGUGCGCAAAUCUACGACACAAAGACGGGCGCUAAGACAUGCGUGCUGUCGGACCAGCCGCCGAAUCACAAGGGCGACCUCUACAUCCGCUCCGUUUGCUUCUCCCCCGACGGCCGCUUACUGGCCACGGGCGCAGAGGACCGCCAGAUCCGCAUCUGGAACAUUGCCACGAAAAAGGUCAAGCACAUCUUUGCCGGUCACAAGCAGGAGAUCUACUCGCUCGACUUUUCCCGCGAUGGACGCAUCAUUGCCAGUGGUAGCGGCGACAAGACUGUUCGCAUCUGGGACGUCGAGUCCGGCACCUUGCUCCACACCCUCUACACUUCGCCUGGUCAAGAGCAAGGUCCUAGCGAGGCCGGCGUGACGAGCGUCAGCAUCAGCUCCGACAACCGCUUGGUCGCUGCCGGCGCCCUCGACACACUCGUGCGCGUGUGGGACACGAGGACGGGACAGCAGCUCGAAAAGCUGCGGGGCCACAAGGACAGCAUCUACAGCGUCAGCUUCGCCCCCGAUGGACGCACUCUCGUCAGUGGCAGUCUCGACAAGACGCUCAAGAUGUGGGACCUCUCGGCCACUGUUCGUGCCCUCGAUGCUGAUGCACCCGAAGAAGAGCGGGCUGGAAAUGCGACGUGUGCGACGACCUUCUUGGGCCACAAGGACUACGUCCUGUCCGUCUCCUGCUCGCCCGACGGGCAGUGGAUUGCUUCGGGAUCCAAGGACCGCGGUGUGCAAUUCUGGGACCCCAGAACGGCACAGACCCAAUUCGUCCUCCAGGGACACAAGAACUCCGUCAUUGCCAUUAAUCUGAGCCCCGCCGGGAACCUCCUCGCUAGUGGCUCCGGCGAUUUCAACGCACGUAUCUGGAGCUACGACUCCAUCGCCUGACCGCCCCACCUCGAUAGACUUCAUCGACAACGUUCAAAAACAAAUUUCCUUGGGGUUCUCUCUCUUUUCUCAUGUUCUCCCUUUCCUGUUGCUACCAAAAGGCUUCCCUUUCGUCUUAUCAUUUCCGUGCCGCUCGAUUUCUUCUCUUGUCUUCCUCCUUUCUUUUCUUCAUUUUGCUCUUCCUUUUCCCCUUUCAUGCCCCAAAACCACACCUUUAUCUCCCUUGUUCUUUUCCUUUCUCCUCUCCAUCGACUGCCACUUGUUGUCAACCGCGCCUCUUAACCCACCAUCCACCUCUCUCCAUCUCUCUGUAGUAGUUCUGGAAAGCCUUUGUCGGCGAAUAACAAAACGAAGAAGAAACAGCCCUUCUUUUCAUGUCGUUCCUUCAAUUCGACAAGAAUCGAAAUCAAAACACAUCAUCAUUCUGG